CUUUUGCGCCGGGUCCGCGCUGCGGGCCGCGCUUCUGGCGCUCCACGCUGCGGCCGCUCGGAGCAAUGAUUAACCCGGCGGGCCAGCCGGCGCGGGGCCCGGGGCGGAGGCGCGGGGCCGAGGCGGGACCCCGGAGGGCCGCUCGGCUUCCUGCUCUCGCCCAAGUUUCCUCGUAGAGGGCGCAGUGCCGGCCGGGGCCCGCGGCGCGGCGUGGCGCAGGGCGCGGCGCGGGCCGCCGGGGUCACCAUGAGGACUCUCCGCAGGUUGAAGUUCAUGAGUUCGCCCAGCCUCAGUGACCUGGGCAAGAGAGAGCCGGCUACCGCCGGCGCGGACGAGCGGGGCACGCAGCAGCGCCGGGCCUGCGCCAACGCCACCUGGAACAGCAUCCACAACGGGGUCAUCGCCGUCUUCCAGCGCAAGGGGCUGCCUGACCAGGAACUCUUCAGCCUCAACGAAGGCGUCCGGCAACUCCUGAAGACAGAGCUGGGGUCGUUCUUCACCGAGUACCUGCAGAACCAGCUGCUGACGAAAGGCAUGGUGAUCCUGCGGGACAAGAUCCGCUUCUAUGAGGGACAGAAACUGCUGGACUCGCUGGCAGAGACGUGGGACUUCUUCUUCAGUGACGUGCUGCCCACGCUGCAGGCCAUCUUCUACCCAGUGCAGGGCAAGGAGCCGUCCGUGCGCCAGCUCGCCCUGCUGCACUUCCGGAACACCAUCACCCUGAGCGUGAAGCUGGAGGAUGCGCUGGCCCGCACCCACGCCCGUGUGCCCCCCGCCAUCGUGCAGAUGCUGCUGGUGCUGCAGGUGCGUGGCACAGCAAGGAGGCCGCUGGGCAUGAGGCCGGGCCUUCCAGACGCAGAGCCUGAGGGAGUGCAUGAGUCCCGGGGCGUGACCAAGGACUACUUGCGCCUAGAGACGCUGAUCCAGAAGGUGGUGUCGCCCUACCUGGGCACCUACGGCCUCUACUCCAGCGAGGGCCCGUUCACACAUUCCUGCAUCCUUGAGAAGCACUUCCUGCGCCGCUCCCGCUCAGGGGAUGUGCUGGCCAAGAACCCAGUGGUGCGCUCCAAGAGCUACAACACCCCGCUGCUGAACCCUGUGGCAGAGCACGAGGCUGAGGGAGCAGCAGCCGGCGGCCCUGGCAUCCGCAGACACUCCGUCUCAGAGAUGACGUCCUGCCCGGAACCCCAGGGCUUCUCCGACACACCUGGCCAGGCUCCCCCUGGGGCCUUGAGAUCCUCUGUGGGCCCCCAGUCGGGGCCCUGCCCCAGCAGACUGUACCCCCCUGCCCAGCCCCCCGAGCCUGGCCCAGGCGCGGCCCACCCCUCCCCGCCCUCCUCCAGUCCAGAGAACCUGGUGGACCAGAUCUUGGAGUCCGUGGACUCGGAUUCAGAAGGGAUCUUCAUUGACUUUGGCCGGGGCCGGGGCUCGGGCUCAUCGGAGUUUGAGGGGACUGGGGGUCGGCAGAGCAUCGUGUGAGGGCCUCGAGUUUCUGCUGACCCCGUGUGUGUGCCUGGGGGGUAUGUGUGUGCAAGAGUUUUUUUUACUCUGUCCCGGCCAGUCGGCAGUGGGUCCCAGCCACUGUGCCAUUCCGGAGUCGUCGUUGGAGAAAGCGUCAACCCCCCGGGCCCCCAGCCCUGCUCCGUUUGGGGCGUGUGUUGGCCGCUCCAGUGGCCUCACUGGGUCAUCAGGAGCACUGGUCCGCCCUGUGUGCACAGAGCAGACCUGGCCGCCACCCCCAACCUGCCCCAGCCUGCCAGUGUCCACACCCAUGGAGACAACACUGUGGCCCAGCCAGGUUUCCAGAAUGAUUCCCAGAGCAAGGGGGGUCAGUUGCAGACCCGCCUUCCCCCUUCCCACUCACCUGAGCCCUGUGAGGCCACAGCAUGACCUGUGGGCCCCUGUCCCAGAUGCUCACGCAGGCUGCCCUCACUCGGGGCAGCCAUGGGCAGGAAGAGGAUGGAAUAAAGGUGUCUGCCCCAA